ACGUGAACACACCUUUUUAUUACAGGUGAUCUGAGGAUCUGCUUAUCUCUUUUUAUCAGACUUUGACCCAUCAGAGUCCUCGGUAGACUUCCACAACGAUCCAACAGAGCUCCAGGAUGAUUCACGUUUCCAACAGACGGUCCCUUCACUAUCAGCAUGGUGCCUUCACUGACCUGGUGUUCUACACUGUUGUCUUCCUCGCCCUGAUGAACUCAUGUAGAGCUCAGUCUGAGGUGAUCGUUCCAUCUCAGCCAGUAGUUUCAUUGGUGGGUGAAGACGUUAUUCUGCCAUGUCACCUGGACCCCGUCAUGAAUGCUUUUGACAUGACUGUGGAGUGGGCGAGACCUGACCUGAACCCCAGAUUUAUCCUGGUGUGGCGUGACGGCGAAGAACUGGAGACUAAAAAACAUCCGUCCUUCAGUGGAAGAACAUCAGUGUUCAUCGAUGAGCUGGAGAAGGGAAACAUCUCACUGAAACUCUCCAAAGUUAAAGUCUCUGAUGAGGGAGGAUACAAAUGCUUCCUGCCUACAUUGUCAAAAACCUCCACUGUUCAGCUUGUUGUAGGUGCUGUCUCCUCACCUGUUGUUCAGAUGACCAAAAACAACAAUGGAGUGUUGUUAGAGUGUGAGUCUGCAGACUGGUAUCCAGAGCCAGAGAUGUUUUGGCUGGACGGCGAGGGAAACCUCCUCUCUGCUGAACCCACUGAGACAGUCAGAGGUCCUGAUGGUCUCUACACUGUCAGCAGCAGAGUGACUGUGGAGAAGAGACAUGGGAGGAAGUUCACCUGUAGAGUCACACAGAGGAAGAUCAACCAGACCAGAGAGAAGCACCUCACUAUUCCAGAUCAUUUCUUUGUGGUCCCUACUCCCAGUCCUCCCAGUCCUCCUGGCACUCAACAUGUUGUUAUCGGCGCUGUGAUUGGCUGUGCUGCUUUGCUGUUCAUUCCUGCGAUCAUCUUUGUUGUGUGGAGACAGAGACAAAAGAAAUCCAAAAACAAGAAGAGGAGACGUGAGGAUGGAAAUAAACACUCUGAGGAAGAAAAGCUAGUCACAUCUAAAAGUGAUAAAACAGGAUUUCAGGUUGUGAAUGAAGGAGAAAAAGGAGCGGACAGUAAUGAAAAUCAAGAAGAGGUCAUGGAAACACAAAGCAAACAUCAUAGGGGACGAGAAGAAAGAAUCAGACGAGCAGCUGAACGCAGAAAAACAUCUACUAAACCAGGUGGAAGAGUCACAGAGGAGGUAAAAGUAGAGGGUAGAGAAGGAAGGGAUGAGGGGUCAGAAACUGAAGAAGGAGCUGAAAUUGAAACUGGAAGGAAGAAAGAAAAUGUACAAACAGGUUUCAGAGAGAGAGAGGAGCUGAGGGUCAAGAGGAACUGCAGGAAGAGGAGGAGUUAUAGAAUGAUGAACUUCAACAUGACACAUGGAGGAUCAAACCACAACAAACACAAGAGAGCAAUGAGGACCAGGAGAGAGGUAGAGAUUAUAAGGCUUUGGAAGAAAACAGUGAAGAAACAUGAUUUUCUCCAAAAGAUAAAACAGUACCAAAAUGAGGAAGAGGGAGAUGUUAGUUUGGAGUCUGAAGAAGAAACUUAAGAAGAGAAAUAUUAAACCAAAACAUUUGAUUGGACUCCACAUGAAGAAGAAGCUUUGAGUAAAGAAGAGAAGGGAGAUGAGCUGAAACAGAAAACAGUCGACAUUAGGCGACUCAGCAGAGAAGAGGAACUGAAUGAUGGAGCGCUGAGCAGCUUAUUUACCUUUUUCAACAAAUCAUUAGAGGGCAUCUUUUCUCCUGUGUCUGUCAUGAAUAGAGGAAUUACAGAGACCAAAACGUUUUUUACCAUGCAGUAAACAUGUUUCAAAGUGUUGUAAAGUUCUGCAUUUUACAUGGAAAUUGACUCACUUUUGGCAUCAACCUCAGACUACUCAAGGAGCUGACGUUGUUUCACUUUUUUCGGCUCCAGGGAUUGGUGCUCUGUUUGUGCCAACGUUG